AUGCUGCCUUCCACCGUCCUUUCCGCGCUGCUGCCUCUGGCCGCGACCCUGCUGCCUUCGGCGCUCGCAAAGACCGUCUACACGGGCGAUCGAGUCAACGGCCAGGCUGUCAUCUCUAGCCUCGACACCAAGGACCUCGACUCUUCGAAGGUGCACCGCUUCUACCUCCGCGCCGGCUCGCUCAAUUCCGGGCAUCCCCUCUAUGUGCCAGUUUGGGUUGCCCGCGGUGCCGGCGCCGUAGAGGAUGGCAAGACCUUCUGGGUCUCGACCGUCGUCCACGGCGAUGAGCUCAACGGCGUGAGGGUGGCGCAGCUGCUCCUGGGCGACCUGGAAAAGGCCGUCGAGAACGGCAGCCUCAACGGCACUGUCAUUGGUGUGCCUGGCGUCAACAUCCUUGGCAUGUCGCGCAACUCGCGCUACGUCCCGAGCUCGUCAUCGGGUGGACUGGAAGAUCCCAACAGGCUGUUCCCUGGCGUCAACGCCUCUUCGGGCGGAUCGUUUGUCGAAGACUUCAUCUACAACGUGUGGUUCGGCCUGACUGCGAACGGCACCCAAGUUGAUGUUGCGGUCGACAUGCACACCCAGAGCACCGGCGGUGACACGCCCAUGUGGGGCUAUGCCGACUGGAGGGUGCCGGAGAUCAAGAAGCUCUCUGAGCUGGCGGCCGUUGAUCUCCUCAAGGUCGACCCGGGUGAGCCUGGAAGCCUGGAGACGACGUUUGUCGAGCACGGUGUGCCUGCCAUCACCCUCGAGAUCUCCAACGCCAAGGUGUGGCAGAAGAAGUACAUCAAGCGAUCGCACGAGUUCCUGCUGCGAGCGCUCGACGCCUGGGGCAUCCUGCCGCUCGAGGAGGGCUCCGAGGCGCAGACCAACUACGACCCUUCGCGCACUUACAACGGCGAUACUUUUGUCGCUCACCAGACUUCGCAGGCUGGCUGGUGGGACGCCUACGUCCAGCCCGAGGACGACGUCGAGGCGGGCCAGGUGCUCGGCAAGCUCUACAACACGUGGGGCGACGAGCUCGAGACGAUCAGGGCCAAGGCGAGCGGCAAGGUCCAUACCGUUUCCGCUGAUCCCGCUCGCGAGGCCGGUUCUGAGCUGGUGCGACUGAUCCGCAACGGCACCGCGCCAAAGUCGUAG